AUGUCCUCUACUCACAACUUCCCGCCACCAUCAUCGAACGUCAUUAACCUUGCCUACGUCGAGAUCGUCCUGUCGGCCAUCUUUCUCCCCCUUGUUGGCUUCAUCGCGUGGAAGCAUGGCAAGGCGGGCAUGACCUGCUGGCAUAUUUUCAUCACGACCUUCAUCGCGAUGCUCGUCGCGAACAUAUACCUGCUCAUCAAGAAAGAUGAACCAUACCUGCCGAACUCAGUGUCAACAAUGACGGACUCUGCAGUGAUAGCUACAACAUCACUUGCCAUCAUUGGAAUUAUUUAUGAGGCCAACAUAAUCCUCCCCCAACAACCCAAAAAAUGGACCGAAAAGAUAAUCCUCGGCGUAACCCACCUCGCCAACACCGGCGGCAUCGCGAUAGCAACCUACGGCGGCGCGCCCAGCGCGACAGGCAGAGGCGGCGUGGCGAACCAGGAACUAAGCCGCAUCGGCAACCUGCUGAUGCUCUUCGUGCUCUUCACCGUCUGCGGCUGGAUGUGGCCCACCCACAAGAAGACCACGCACCACCUGGCCCGCCGCCACCCCAACGCGCGGGCGGCCCAGCUCCUGCUGUGGGGCGGCAUCGCCGCCAUGCCCGUCUGGCUCGGGAGGUUGGCUUACAUGUGCGUCUACGCGUUCAACCGCCAGGACAUCUCGCUCGACCCGGGCGCGGGGUCGUUCGCGGUCAAGAUGCUGCUCUUUGGCACGCUGUGGGGCGCCGCGUCGGCGCUUGCUGCCGGGGGCUGGGCCUCGCUGGCUCAUAUGCCGGCGGGCGGGUUCCUCGGGGCCCGGGGGGGCGGGAGGUUUGUUGUUGCUGAUGACGACGAGGUUGGGCUGAGUAGGCAGGGGUCUGGGCCGGAUGGUGUGGAGAUGUAUGGGCAUCUUGUGAGUUCGAAGCGCUGA